AUGGCGGUGCGGCCUCAGAACAUGCACGACGGCGGUAUCGUGGAGCGUCGCCUGCGACCGAUUUACGAUUGGCUAGAUAAUGGGAACAAUAAGAAAGCUCUUCAGGAAGCGGAGAAGGUUCUUAAAAAGACCCCUACUCUGCAGUCGGCUCGAGCGCUCAAGGCCCUAGCACUUUUUAGGUUAGGCAAGGCUCAGCAAGCUCACGCUCUUCUGGACGAACUGGCAGCCGAAAAGCUGAGCGAUGAUACUACCUUGCAGGCCAUGACGAUAUCCUACCGGGAAUCUCAGCAGCUGCACAAAGUUUGUGCACUGUACGAGGCAGCUGUGAAGAUAGAUCCUAACAGUGAGGAGCUGCACUCCCAUCUGUUCAUGUCCUACGUCCGUGUGGGAGACUACCGAGCGCAGCAAAGAGCGGCCAUGGCGCUUUAUAAGUUUGCACCGAAGAAUCCGUACUACUUCUGGGCUGUUAUGAGUAUUGUUCUGCAGGCCAAAACCUCAGAAGACUCAACAAAAAGGGGCAUACUUCUCUCUCUAGCACAGAGGAUGGUCGACAACUUCAUCACUGAAAACAAAAUGGAGGCUGAGCAGGAAGCGCGCCUUUACAUCAUGAUCCUGGAGCUUCAGGAAAAAUGGGAGGACAUCUUGAAAUUCAUUGAAAGUCCUUUGUAUAGCCAGUUAGUGCCUGGGUCGAUAUCUCAAGCGUGUAUACCUUAUUUAAAAAAACUAGGUCACUGGAAGCGAUUAAACAUACUCUGCAAAGAACUGUUAUUCGACAAUCAAGAUAGAUGGGACUACUAUCUUCCGUAUUUCGAUUCUGUGUUCGAACUGAUGAAGGAGAGUGAUUCUAACAUUGAGAGUACAGCGGACGAUACUGCGGAGAAAUGUCACGAGUUUAUCUGUCAAUUAGUGGAGAGUAUGACUUCGGGGAGGACGUUGAGAGGGCCAUAUUUGGCGAGGUUAGAGCUUUGGAAGCGUUUGGCCGUAGAUGGAGACCCAACGGCUUUGUUGGGGAGUGGAGUAGCAUUGUGUGAGCAGUAUUUGAGAGUCUUUGCCAAUAAACCGUGUGCGGUGCCAGACUUGAGGCCGUAUUUGGCAAUGUUGCCGCAGAAAGAGAGAGAAGAUAGAGCCAGAGAGUUCUUGACUUGCCUGGGCUUUGACGAGAAUAGUGAACCUGAAAACACGGAUGACAUCCAACGCCACAUAUCGUGCAUGGCCGCGUGGCGGAUCGCCGCCGCCCCGCUUUCCGCUACCGAGUGUCUGGACUUGGCCCACACGCUCAGGGGACAUUACCUACGCUGUCUGAGCAAGGGUCUCGUCACAGCUACUAUCACGGAGUUCUGUGCAGCGGAUGGAUAUGGGAUACUGGCUGCACAUCACUAUUUUUAUGCUGCGAUGCAGCAGCAGAGUUCUGCGCCCGUGAUCGAAGCACUAGGCUUGCUGGAGCUAGUCCUGCACCACUCUCCUGCCAAUUUCCACGCCAAGCUGGUCAUGAUCAAGCUGUAUCAUUUGCUAGGCAACGCGUUGGCAGCGGACAGCAUAUACCAGCGGCUGGAGACCAAGCACAUUCAACUAGUGUCUCUUGGCUGGCUGCACGCUGCACGCCUCGCGCCCGGCGCCGCCUGCGCUCGCGCGUUACAGCUGUUAGCUGAUGCGCGCGCCUUCCACGCACACCACCAGAAAGACAGCGUAGAGCACCUAACGUACGCGUACAAAUACGGCACAUUCGAGAAGCUGGUAGAGCUUCGAGCGUGGGGCGCGCGUCUAGAGCAGUGCGCCUGGAGCGCCUGCGCCGCAAGAUUACGGGCUCUAUUGGCUUUAGUAGCCGGCCCACCGGCGCCCUUGCACGCGCCCUGCCGUCUGCCGCCGCGCGCCACAGACAACCGAGAUCUCAACGUAAUAGUCAAUUACGAACCGCCAGAGGCUCAAGAUCCGGACUUAAAAGAGCGCACCUUCGACCAAGACUUAGCCUACCUUCGCCUACAAGACGCCCUUAUCUCCUCCUUAGCUCUGUGCAUAGAAUUAGCUGAAGGUGGACCCUUGGAAGAAAGGACACCACAGUAUGAAGAGCUCAAGACCUGUGUGGAGGCAUUUAGUAAGGCGAUGGAGAAAUGCAGAGAGAAGUACGCAGUUAGCGAAAAGAUUAGCAUAUCCGCGCCUUUCCCUUCUAGAAUUAUUGCUUUCGUCACGUCGCCAGUGCCAUACCGGGAGUUGUACUCCGACACGGUGUCUAUGGUCGGUGAGCUGGUUGUGGGCCACACGAGCGAGUCGCACGCCCUCUGCGCGCGAGUUGUGGAACUGUUGGCCAAAGUGCCCGCGACACUAGCGCCGCCGCCGGAAGCCGCUGAUCAAACUUGGGGCCUGCGGGAUAGGCUAGAAGCACUAUCCAACUAUUUGGAGUUCAUAGGAAUCGCUACGUUCCUCCUAGGCGUGUGUAACGAAUGCAUGGCCCCGGCCAACACUAAGAAGUCCAAGAAAAAAACCAAUAAAUCACCAGACGAGAUCAAAACCGCACAACUCCUCAACAAACUCAACGAAGCAGUGCAAGAAUCCAUCACCUUCCUCGAGGAAUCCUUCGAGAAACUCCCCGAAUACAACUAUCAGAGCACACUAGAAGAACAAUUCUCCAAACUGAACAUUAGCAAAUACCAAAGUCCGGUCGAGAACAAACUCAAAAACGGCAGGCAAGACAUGAUAAAUGAUGUGAGGAAUAUACUGAAAAAGAAGUCGAAAUACUUGAAGAGUUUAAUCCAAUAGUGGCCUUCGGUGGUGCGUGUAUUUUAGUGCAGAACACAAACAUAUCCUGUAAAUAAUGCGUGUAGUUUUCUUUUUAGAAUUGGCGGUGGGGGUUGGAUGAGGCCUUGAGUAGAAAAUCUAAAAUAGGGAUGUUUUC